AUGCAAGUUCUAUCUCAAUUUCAUUCUAUUGUCUCAUUGACAACAUUAAAUAAUUCAAAUGAUAAUUUAACAUUAUCAAUUUUACCCGAUAUUUAUAAUAGUUCAUUAACUCGACCAAUUUUAGCAACUAUUUUAAUUGCUCUUUGUUUAUCAAUUAUUAUUAUAUUAACUAUACUUGGAAAUAUUCUUGUUUUAAUUGCAUUAUGUAUUGAUUUUGCGCUUCGUUCACCAACUCAUUUACUAAUGGGUAAUUUAGCAUGUGCUGAUUUAUUACUAGGUAUUACUGUUUUACCAUUUUCUGCUACUCUCGAAAUUCUCGAAGGUAAAUGGUUAUUUGGUCAAACAUUUUGUCAUAUAUGGCUUGCUAUUGAUGUUCUUUAUUGUACAGCAAGUAUUUAUGGUUUAAUGUUUAUUUCAAUAGAACGUUAUAUUGGUGUAACACAACCAUUACGUUAUCCAAUAAUUAUAACACAUCAUCGUACAAUAUUUGCUAUAUUAAUAGCAUGGUUAGUUGCUAUAAUUGUUUCAAUUGUUCCAUUUCUUGAUUGGAAUAAAAAAGUUAAAUCAACUGAUCAAAGUUGUUUAGUUAAUGAUAAUUUAUUUUAUGUUUUAUUUUCAUGUUCAUUUUCAUUUUAUAUACCAUUAAUUAUUAUACUUGUUGUAUAUGGACGUAUUUAUGGUGAAGCAUUACGACAAUAUGAAUUUUUAAAUGGUGGAGAAAAAAAAGUUCGUGUUAAAGAAAUUGAUGGAGAAGAAUGUGUAACAUUACGUGUACAUAUACCACAACAUUUAACAGCAUCAACAACAUCAUUAUCAAAUGGUCAUACAUCAAAUACUUCAAUAAUAACAUAUGGAAAAAGAAUUUCAACACAAAUAACACCAUCUAGUUCAAAUAAAUUAUCAAAAUUUAAACGAGAACGAAAAGCAGCUAAAACAUUGGGUAUUGUUGUUGGAAUGUUUAUUUUAUGUUGGUCACCAUUUUUUCUUCUAUUACCAAUAAAAGCAUGGACAAAUUAUGAUCCUGGUAUUAUAUUUUCAAUUUGUUUUUGGUUAGGUUAUUGUAAUUCAUGUUUUAAUCCAUUUAUUUAUGCAUUUUCUAGUCGAGAAUUUCGAAGAGCAUUUAAAUCUAUAUUAAAAUGUCAGCGUAUAAAAUAUAAAGCAUCAACAAGUUUUUUUCGUACAUCUACAACAACACCAAUUGAUCAAAUACGUUUUGGAAAAUCACAUAGUUGUGAUAUGUCAGCUGCAAAUUCAUUAGUAAAAUCAAAUUCAAUAAUGAGUCAACGAAUAUCAUAUGAUAGUCAACAUCCUUUUAUUUCUUUAAAAGAAAAUAAAAAUUUUUUAGAUCAUCCACAAUUAUCAACAUUUCGACAAUUAUCAAAGCCAAUUAUUGCAAAAUCAUUAGCAACAUUAGAUGAUACAAAUCCUUGGCAUCUUCGAGAGUCAAAUUUUGUCAGAUAA